AGACAGAGGAGGAGAAGGAGAGGUGCAGGGAGGCUGAAGUGAAGGAAAGAAAAACUCGGAGGAGGAGGGUUUGCGUUGGUGUGUUGGUUGGCAGAGCGCGCCUGACAAAAAAAAAAAAAAAAYYAAAAAAAAAAGAAAAAGCCCUCCUCUGACAGAAGGCAUGAUUCACAGCAGAGAGAGAAGUGGAGAGGGAGGGAGACAAGCGACAGAAAGAGAAAACGACAGAGGAGAUGGUGUACAUCAAACGCUGGCAGCAUGUGAGGAGAUGCUCUGAUUGGAUUCAAUCUUCCCUCCUUCGUCCUCUUCAUCUUUUAGUCUGACAGACUAAUGCUCUGCUGGAAGGAGAUUUAAUUGGCUCUAAACAGACAGUCAGGACAAUAAACAAAAAGAAUAAAUACAAAUGCAGUCACGACAGCAGAGGGAAAGAAGAUGAGCUAACCAAGUGGAAAUAAAAAGCAUCAUUUUUUUGUUUUAUCUUUUUAUUAAUUUUUUUCUUAGUCUGGAUUAUUCCUUCAAGUGGGAAUUAUUUGGACAUUAUGUUUACUUUUUUAUAACGAGGCUUUUCAGAAAGUGAUUUUUCUUUUGGAUUUCUGACACUUUUAUGCUUCAGUCACGGCUUUUCAGAUUUUUUUUAAACAAAUAGAAUAUUUUCCAGCACUUUACCACUGAAGAAAGAAGACUUUAUUUUAYAUAAGACAUCCAUCUAUAUUUGCUAUGCUCUUAUGAUAACCAGCCGCAACAUAUUUCACACAGGCUAAACGCUUUUAGAAAAGCAAUUCUUUCCAGAAUUAGUCAAAAUCAAAACUUCACAAUUCAUUCUUCAAAAUUUAACCGUGCCUCCCACCAACCCCCCCUACCUGUGCCCGUCCAACCAAUCAUGGGCAAGCCUCUCAGCCGCCCCGGGUGUUUCAGGAAGAGCUCGUGCUGCCUGGAGAAACAUGGAAUUGGGGARGGGGGGAUGGGAGGUCGGGAUAUCGGGAUGGAAGUGGGUUACGGAGAUGGCUACGUACCCCAGCGGUCCAUUUACGACACCAUGUGCAUCAAUCAGCAGAUCGACAGCCACCACCACCACCACUCUGGGGGCUCAGUGAGGCGGGACGGAGGGUGCGACGGGAGUUUUAGCUACUCCACCAGCGGUUCGCUCAGAGUCAGCCGGUCGGACAUGUUCGAUUCACAGCCACGCUGCCUGACUCCAAACCCCUCAUUCGUACGACGACUCGARGAAAGAGCCAUCUACGAUUCGCUGAAGCUCGGCAGUGAGGAUAUAGACGGCUGCCACUCYCCGGGACAUUUCAACCGAUCAGUUUCUCCUUCUGUGUCCUCGUUCUCUGCGCCAGGAGUGUCCUCGUCGUCAAAGAAACACCAUCAUCAUCACCACCACCACCACCACCARGGAGACAGCACAAAGAGCAGAGACGGUCGACAUUCCUGGAAAGCUGUGGCGUCGCCAAAACCUCUGGAGUGUCUGGAGCUCACCACAUCUGAGAUGAUGGACAGGGGAGGAGGGGGAUAUCUGAACCCAGGGCAUUAUCCUGCUGGGGGGCAGUCUUCCUCCCUAGCCUCACCCCUCAUCUCACCCUUUUCCGGAUCACCCCCCUCAUCUGGUUACCACACACCGGUGUUUUUCUCCCCAGCAAAACCUCGUCCUAGUCAGAGUCAGAGUCUACGCUGCUCCCCUCCCCAUUUGAUCCAGUCAAGACAUUACUCCCAGACCCAGAGCCUGAGGAUGUCACCCCCACAUGAGCUCAGGCGGUCCCCUUAUAGAGCCCCACUGGUCCAACUGUCUGCUCAUGACCUUGAGCAGGACCUGAGGGAGCGAGGAGGAGGAGGGUGGGUCCGCAGCGAGCGGGACCGGGACUGGGAGAGGGAGCGGGAACGUGAGCUGGAGCGGGGYUGGGCCCAGCGGGAGUGGGAGAGGGAGCGGGAGAGGGGUAGGCUGGAGAGAGAGAGAGCCCGGGAGAGGGAGAGAAGAGAGACAUCCACUUUUGGGACUUUUGGCUAUGGUCGACCUGUUCCCCUGCAUUCAGACAGAGACUCUGUGUUCUUAGAGUCUGACCAGGGUCUGGACACGACACCCCUGCUGCUACCUCAGCCUUCACCAUCACCCUCCCCCAGCGGGGCUCCCAGAAUGGGUACCGGAGCAGUGGGCAGGAACAGAGCCGGCUCAAAGGUUGGUCCUGAUAGCAUUGGUGGAGGAAUGAUGCCCAAGUAUGAGAGCGGCAGCAUCAGUUUGGUGUUAGUGGACAGUAAAUCUGGGUGUGGGCCGAGGUUAGUGAGUGAAAUUGUAACCGGAAACAUGUCAGAGGCAGAACUGAGGGCGGGAUACCAAGACAGAACAGAGGUUUGGAACAAAUACAAUAACGGAUCCAGAUCCAGCACGAAGAAUCUGCCUGAAAAAAGGAUGGGCUCCCAGGUGAAAACCCGGCCCCCAGGUCGCGAUUUGGAAGGAAAAGUUCAGUCUGGGAUGGAAAACAAGGAGCUACACAGAGGAGAAUCAAGGAGUGGAGAGAAACCAGGAGGAGUUACAGCUAAAACAGAACGUAUUCCUGAAACCUCGAACACAAGUGAUGCUGAGAAGAAGGUUGGGCCUGUAGAUAAAGUUCGUGUUGAACCUGCUCCUGGUCCUGUGAUAAAACCUGAGCAUGAUGCUGGGGUUAAAGCUAACGCCCAACAGAUGGAAAUUAAAACUGGAACAGAGGCUGAAGCUAAAGCUAAUGCUAAUGAUUCUGGUUCGAUAGCUGAACCCAAAGUUGAAACUAAAACAGAGACAGAGGUUAAGGUUGCUCCUGUGUCCAAACCUGAACCAGCACCAGAAGCCGAGGUUGGUCGUGAAGCAGCAGUGGAGCGUCACAAAGACAACGUGGCUGUCUCUGAAAUGCAAACUAAAGAUGAAACUCAAACAUGCUCUGAGGCUCGAGACAAACCUGAAGCUGCUCCUGCAGAGCCAGUAGAGAAGAAGCCAGCAGAGGUUAAUAAAAUGGAAUCAACCAAACCUGCAAAAAGCUCCAGAUCCAAGUCCAAGUCGUCCAAAUCCUGCUCCAGGUCCCGACCUGGCACGGCCACAGGGAUGCGACCAGGUGUGCUCAGCCCUCGACAAAACAAAGGGCUCCAAGACUUUGAAUCAACCGGGCCGCCUGAGAGCAUCGAGUCCACCUGGCCUCGCAGGAUCAUGGUCAGAAAGAGGACCGUUCGUCAGGGAGGGGCAGUCCAUAACCUCCCUAUUCUCCCCCCACUCCCCUCUGUCCUUUCAGCGCUCGAGAAAAGACGUCCACACUCGCGCCUCGGCUCGGAGAACCCGCUAACAAAUAUAACAAACUCCAUUGUGGGCCGAUGUUCACUGAAGGAACCGUCUCACACAGAAUCCGGGCAGGGCAGCAGUUUGGUGGGCAGGGCUUCCCUGAGGGAGCAGAACCUGGAGCAUUGGAGGGUCUGCAGAGAGCAAGAGGAACCACGGAGAUCCAGUAGCAAGGAGAAACCAGGCGAGCAGAGUAAGGAGAAACCAGGCGAGCAGAGUAAGGAGAAAGACCAGAAGAAGGAGAAGGAGAACGUGGUGGUUGUGGUGGUGGAUGAAACUAAACAAGACAAGGCAGACAGCAGGGUUGAAGAAAAAGCUCUAGAACCUGCAAGCAAAAAGAAAGAUGAGAAAAAAGAGAGAGAUGCGGAGAAAACGUGUGAAAAUGUGAAACAAAAAGGGAUGAGAAUUAAAGAUGGGAAACAAGGACAAGACUUGGAGGAAGUGGUGGCCAAACUACACCCAGAAGAUGUUGAGAUUGAGGAAGGAGAAGGGGGGACACUGGGUGGGGAAGGAGGAGGGGAGGGUUGGGACACUGUUCUUGAUAUGGUCAACACACUUUGGGACGAUCACUGGGACAAAAGAGAAGCAGAAGGCGAAGAAGGAGCCGAGACAGAUUCUCCCUCUGGCUCCUUGCAGUGCUGGCCUCUGCUCCGGCCCCCGAUCGGGUUUGGGGGCUCCCACCCUCCCUCCUCGGCAGCCUCAGAGCUCAGCCUGACGGAGCUGGAGAGGAGGGCUCGAGAGCUGGACUCGGACCUAGAGCACCUGGAUCUGUCUCAGCCCCACAGGGAGUCCCAGGAUUUAUACCAAACCCUGCUGGAGCCACAGAGGGACCGAACCGACAUGUACCAAACACACCCCGGUCCACAACGAGACAAAACUAUACUCCACGCAGGAGUGAGCAGCAGAUCCCAGGUCAGUUUGGAGCUCAGUCCGGUGGCUUCGACAGUUUCAGAUACAGACAGAUAUCCCUCCGAAUGGUCAGCAAAGUCUCCCGGCACGUCCACCAUCGGCACGAGCUCUACUAAAGAGGAAAGCUCUCCUGACUCCAACUUAACGCUGGAAUCUGACUCCAGCGGCGUCUUCCUCUCCCUGUCCAAUCAGAGCCAAGAAGAUGGCGGCUCGGACAGCGACCAGCCGAUCAGCGGCUCGGAACUGGGCAGCAGCAACACGUCGCUGGAGAAGGARGGGGACGACGGAGGGAUGAAAGAAUGGGGGAGGGAGGAGAGCGCGGAGCUACAGUGGUGCUACCCAUCACUUCUCAACACCACCUCGUGUGAAAAUSUGGUAGGAGAUGGUGGAGGAGAGGAGUCGGGGUCUGGAGGGAUGGUGGUGGAUUUGGAUGAGAAUGGACGAAAAGAUGGUGGGAUCGGAAUGAUUCCCAUCUAUAAGACCCCACUAGAGCAUACAGACACCAAAGGCUCCUUAGAUGUCCCACAAAGAGAAGGAUUACCCCCUAGAAGAAAAGUGACCCUGAUGGGAGUAGACUCGCCUCUUGCUCUGCCUCCUUCCAAGCAUCCAAUCAAACACCUURUAGAUCCGACUCAGAAGCCAAUCAGAAGCUUGGGAUUAGACUGUGGGGACAUUGAUCCAUUUGUCCAGUCAGACAGCUUUGUUUACCUCGCUGUAUCCGCAAGACCUGGCUCCAGGGGUGAAGCCACCUCAGUAGCAGAGGUUUUUACCCACAAUGCAAAGCAAGUACACGUACAGCAACAUGCAGAUAGCUUGAAAGCACAAGUCGACCAGCCAAAUAUGGAGCGAGACGCCAAACUGACGCACCUUACCCCACAAAAACCAGAAGAAGGAGAUUUUCUGUGCACUGAUAGCUUUGUUUACCUGGCUGCUCCGGCCUGCCUCCUGCUGGACCCUACGGGAACUGCACCCUACAGUGGCAAGGACUCAGAUUCUGAGAGUUCUGAUUCUGGGCCCGUGGACGUGUCAGUUCUGGGUUGCGGCUCCGUGGCAGGGGACAGCGACUGGGACUCAGACCUGUCCGACUCCGAUCCCAAUCGCUCCACCAGAGUCUCGGCUGCCGGCAGCAGAUCUGCGCGGCCGAGGCGGCUCCCCGUUGAGCCCGACUGGGACGUGUACGGAGGGACCACCGAGCCCGACGCGAUGAGCGAGCUCUUCACGGAGCAAGAAGAACUCGACGACAGCGAUUCAGGGAACGUUACCACCAGCACGGCAGCAGCGUCAGACGUUCCCACGGAAACUCAAACUGCGAUGGCAGAGGCGGCGGUGGUGGCGCCCGAGCAGCAGUCGGCCACGAAGAAGGUCACGUGGCAGUUCAAACCAGCCCAGAGGUCCGUUUGCACCGGGAGCAGAAAGGAAAAGGAGAGGGAGUUUUCUAGAUUCACAGAAAUGGGAGGCGACGCAUAUAGACCCUCRCCUUCARCUUCAUCUUCUUCAUCAUCCUCGCCGUCAUCGUCGUCAUCUGGUUGAACACUGAAAGAAAAAAGCAGUUUGGCUCGGUGGGGAGAAGAGAUUCCAAUUCUGGAACUGAAGUGCCAAAAGGUAGAGAACAUCGAACAAUCAGAAAAAAAAUUUUCUGUAAAUUUUUAAUUUUGCAUUUAGCUGCUGCCUUCUUCAGCCUUGUAAAAGCUGCAUAAAAGUUGUUGCAUUUUAUGAGAUUAGCCAACAUAUCYCAUUUAAUCUCUAUAAGUUCAAGGGUGAGACGCGUUUUAUAACAGAGUGAGCUCGCUAUUAGAUUUACUUUCAUUUAUUCUCUAGAUAAUUAAUAUGAAAUGUUUCUUUGGCUUUUAAUUCUGCUGGAUGGACUGAACAGGGUAUACAUGUCACAAACAGUAUCAGCCAGUGUUUCUUGUUUUUUUAAACAUCAUAUUGGAUUCAGUUACAGUAAUAUCAGAAAAUAAUGUAUACUGGUUUCUUUAAUUUGUUAAAUAAUAACACUUUCCCCAUAAAAAACAAAAAGAAACGCAUCAUUCAGAUAGGUUUACUGUGUACAAUGUAAUUUAUCCAACUUUACAGUGUUUAAUAACACAUUUUAAUCUUUGAGAUGAAUAUAUAUAUAUAGAUAUGUGAUGAAUGUGCAAAGAGGAACAAAUGACGAAAGGGUUAAACUAAAUGUUUUAUUUAUCAACUAAAUUGUGAAUGUAAAAAUUGAGCAAUAUGCUUAGAGAUUUAUGCUAUAUUCUAUGUUUCAUUUGUAGAAAAUGCUUUUAUGUGAAAUACGGRUGUAUUUAAUUUAUUUUAUGCAGCCAGUUACUGAUUGUAGAGGCUGUUUUAUGCACAUUUAGAGGUUUUAUGUGUAACAUUUUUAGACAUCAAUUGAGCCUAAGCUGGAUUCAUAAAUUGGCCGUUAACUGAGAGAURGUGCCUGAGAUGGCUGACAGUCCAGUUUCUCAAUUUAUGUUUGCAUUUUUUGCUGUUAUUCUGAUUUUAUGAUGUGUUAAAAAGCUCAGUGCACUCCUAAUGAGGAAAAGGUGGAGCUCUCAGUUUAUUUUCCCCGUUUAUGUUCCAGUCCUCAUCUAUAAUCAUGUGAUAUGGACCAUGACCAAAAGAAUGAGGUCAUAGAAACAGGAAGUGAAAAUGGGCUUCCUCCGUAAGGUGGCUGGGCUCAGUCGUUGACAUGCGGUCACGUGAUGGUUCAACGUUUAUUAUUGCACACAUCUUUCAUAGCCUGAGACACACUGCAGAAGUCCUGGGAAACCCCUCCUGCUGCGCUAAACAUGGGGUUUCUUAAUGCUGGAGUCCACACUGCACAAAAAAACCCCUCAGAUAUCCAACUUUAAUUUGUUCGCAGAUCUGUCCCGAUUAAAGCGUCAGAGUUUUUGGCUGCGUUAUCUUCGUCCAUGAAUCUUUGGCCAUUUCACUAUCUUUAUAAAUGUCUGCUUUCGUCUACAACAGUCGGAUUCUGGAAACGAGUAGCAAAAUGCAGCAUCCGAUCGCUUUCAUCAUUGACAAACACGCCCUCAACUUUYUGACCAAACACACAGUAAACACGAUGUUGCAAAACCACCAGAGCCCAGAGCCUUCAGGAUGGAUCUCAUCCACGACCAGAGCUCUGCUGCAGCCGAGCUUUUUAAAUACCUCGUGGGCAAACCUCAAAGUCCCUCGACUCACUUUUGUUGAGAUUAAGAAGUAGGGAUGCACCGAUAUGAAAAUUUCAGCCAAUAUCGAUAUCUGAUAUAAUUAUUGCUGUUAUGGCCGAUA